AGAGUCUGUGCUCUGAUGUGCCAACAACCACUACUAAGACACACCAUCUCCCACCUUAAAAACUUUUAAAGAAAGGAGAGUAAACGUAUCAUCAGAUCUGCUCUUCCUUUGAAUUAAUCCAGCUUCAUCUACUUCGAAAUAUUGCAUGUUCAACACUUUGUUUGUUCCAGUAAAACUUGCCGUCAGUGGCGUCGUGGUGGAUAUCAAGAAGCGGCAGCAGCAACAUCUACAUUUGGUAUUAUGGCCUCUGAGAGGGAAGAGUUUAGCAUCUCAGGACCCUUACAUCUAACUGUUGUUGACUGGAAAAAUGCACAUCAUCGAAGAUCUGUUGCUGCCAGUUUGGUUCAGGGUGUCUGCAUCCUAGAGCGGGACCGCCAGCUAAAACGUCAAGGUUCCCAAGCUCUUGCUCCUCCAUGGUGGGAGUUUUUUCACUUCCAGUUGAUUCGUCAACUUGUGGAUGAUGUGGAUUCCUCCAUUUUUGGUGCUAUUUAUGAAUUCAUGCCACCAGAAUCUCAUUAUCACAAUUCAGUAGAUGAAAGCCCUCGUUAUGUAAUUGCCUUCCGUGGCACCAUAACCAAGCCAGGGUCUGUGUCACGGGACCUUGAGCUGGACGUCUGCAUUAUCAGAAAUGGACUCCAUGAGACAUCUCGGUUUGAGACUGCUAUCCAGGCAGUCCGAAAUGUGGUUGCUACAGUAGGCAAAUCAAAUGUCUGGCUAGCCGGCCAUUCCCUAGGAGCAGCAAUGGCAUUGCUUGCUGGAAAGACCAUGGCCAAGACAGGCAUCUUUCUUCAAGCAUUUCUCUUUAAUUCACCAUUCAUCUCUGCCCCAAUUGAAAGGAUCAAAGAUAAGCGAGUGAAACAUGGACUCCGGAUUGCAAGCAGUGUGAUAACAGCAGGACUCGCUCUUGCUACAAAGAAGAGCUAUCAGAAUAGUCGAUCUGCUGACCCAUUUGCUACUCUUUCUGCUUGGGUCCCGUUUCUAUUUGUCAAUCCAGGCGAUCACUUUUGCUCAGAAUAUAUUGGGUAUUUUGAGCACAGGAAGAAGAUGGAUGGUAUUGGAAUUGGAGCUAUUGAGAGAUUAGCAACCCAGAAUUCACUCGGCGGUCUUCUCAUGAGUGCAAUGGGUAGGGAGUCAGAACCACUCCACCUCAUCCCUUCAGCAAAUCUAAUCGUAAAUUUGACUCCUUGUCAGGAUUUUAGAGAAGCCCAUGGAAUUCACCAGUGGUGGAGACCUGAUCUGCAAAUAAAAUCCAAGCUCUACAACUACAAAUAGUUUGGUUGAAUCUGUGUAUAGAUGGUGUCUCUUAUCUUGUAUUUGUUCGUGUUAUUGGAGGAAGGAUUAUUAAAAAUCGGUUCAUCACCAUAACUAUUUCAAGCUUGUUGCUGAAUUAUUUUGUCA